AAUUAUUUGAAAUAUUCUUUUGCAUAUAAUGAUUUUUCAAUAAUUGCUUUAUAAAUAUGCAUAUUUGUAAUUUUACACUUUUUAUCAUCUCCUUAAGAAAUGUUCUCCAGAAAAAAAAGUAUCAUUCCAUAUUCCUGUACUUCAAUAUUGACUUUACUUAAUUGAUAUUUAUGUAAUUUUAAUUUUAUAAUUAUUGUUGAUUAUAAAAGUCGUAAUUUAAGUCAUUGACAGUUAAAAAUUUCUUAAAUCUUUUUAUUUUUAAAAAAUAACAAUAAGAUAUUAUCUUUGAGCACACAAAAUGUAACAUAUUCAAAAAUUUAGCGAUAUUUUUUUGCUUGCAUAUUCGGCAUAACUAGCGCACUGCCAUUUCCUCGCAUUUGUUAUCAGUAUUUUUUAUAUUAGUAUCUUAAAUUUAUGCAUUAUUACAAUUUAAAAACAACAAUUUUCAAUCGACUUGUUAAUAAUAUUGUUAAAAAUAAAUUUGAUAAUUGUUAAAAAGUUAUUGUGUUUUUCAAGUUUCAUAGAUAAAAUGAUUCUAUUAAUUUUUUAAUGAUAACAAAUUAUUUUUUAUGCAUUAAUUAUUUAAAUAUUGAAUAUAAAGAAAGAUUAUUAAUAUUAAAAUAAUUAUACAAAAUUAUAUAAAUUACUUAAAUAUAUUUUUAAAAAUUUAAUUUAAAUAUUUAUAUUUAAAAAUAUAUGAUAAUUUCUCAAGAAAUAAAAAAAGAAAAAUAUGUAUAUAAAUGUAAAAUAUAUAAUUCAUCUUAGAUAUAUUAUAUAAAAAUUUUGAAUGAGAAUAUGAAAUGAAAAAUAUGAAAAUGAAAAUAUGUGUAAGAUUUUUUUUCUUGUCAUUUUUAUAUGUCACAUGUGCAGAAUACAAUGAAUAUAUAAGUAUAUAUCUCCUAGAAAAUAUUAUAUGUAUCAAUUUUAAAUUCUUAAAAAAAACAUUUAAUUUAGAAUAAAUGAUAUAUAUCAAUAUACAUUAAAUUUUUGUUUAAGAAAAUUAACUUACAUAAAUCAAUAAUUAUUUUAUUAUUAUGAAAUUUUACUUAAAACUAUUUUAAAAUGCUAUAGUAUUAAAAAAAUUUUGCGAGGAAAUUUUAAAUAUAUCAAUUUUAUAUUAAUAAUUCGAUAAUAGAAAACAAUAACUUUAAAAUUAUAACAAAUAAGUUUUUUUAAUAUUAACAUAAAAUAAAAUUCAUUAAGAUUUUAAUAAAAAUGCAAAUAUAACAUACGAAAUUAAAAUGUAUUAAUAAUAUGAUAUCAAAAUAUCAAAAUAUUUUUUUGAAACUAUGAUAAACUUUGAACUCUUUUUACUCGUUCUUUUUUAAUAAAUAAAAAAUUAAAUGAAUUUUCAAUUACUUUUCUCUGUUAUAAUAUCAAAUCAAUAUUUAGCGAUUUGCAUCGCAGCAUAAAGAGAAUUAGAUCGUUAAAAUACUAAUCGACGAAUAUAUUUUAAUAUUUCAAACAAACAGUUUUUUUAAAUAAAUUGUCUUUAAAGUUUGCAACAAUUUUUUUUUAAAUUUCAAAAAAUAAGAAUAAAACUUUUUAUAUAUUUUUUAUAUAAUAGAACAGAAUAUUUUUUUCUGCUAUUUGUUUUUUUAAUUUUUUCCUAACCUCACUUUUUCUUUGAUUUGAUAAUUUCCAUUGCUCCUAUUUCCUCUAUUUCCUUUCUUUUUUUUUAAUCAGCUAAUAAUUUUAUUUUUGUAUUUCUAUUUUUUUCUUAAUAAAAUUUGUUAUUUUUCUUUUUUUUUUUAAUAUUUUAUUUUCUGUUUUUAUUUUUUUCAUGUUUAAUUAUAAAUCUAUUAUAAUUAAAUCUAAAUAAUUACAACGUAAUAUUUAUCGACAUCAAUUUUAUUAAAUUAUUAAAUAAGACAUGCAAUAUUUUAUAUAAAAAUUAAAUAUAUUCUAUUUUUUUUAAUUAAAUUACUAAACUUUAAAAAAUUAUUUAAAUUAUUUAAAUUAAAUGAAUUUAAUUUUUAUUUGUUAACAUAUUUAUUAUAUCUCUAUUAUCUAUUAGUAAAUUAUUUAUUAACAAAAUAAAUGUUUUUUAUUAUAUAGUUGUUAUAUUUAUUUCUAAUAAUAUACAUAUUAUUGAAAAAUAAUUUUUUUUUAAUUUUAUCAUACAUGCAUUAAAUUUAUAAUAAUUGAAUAAAAAAUAAUUAAAUAAAUUAUAAUAUAUAUUUGAUACAUAUUCGGUUAAUACGUCAUUUAUAUUAUUAUUAUAUUUUAAAUUAUUAUUUAUAUUUAUCUAUUAUUAUAUAUAUAUCAUUAUUAUUGUAUUUUAAAAUAUUAAUUUACAAUAUUAUUUUUUAUUCUAUAAAAAUUUAUUAUUAUCUUUCAAAUUUAAAAUAUAUAAAUUAAAAUUGUUGUAUGAAUCUUAAAAAAUGUAAUCGUUAUAUGAUCAUUCAAUUAAAAAGUUUGUACAUAUUUUAUAGAUAUACAUAUAUACAUAUAUACGUUAAAAUAAAAAUUAUUAAUACUUUGCGUAUUAUAUAUAAAAUAUUAAUGUGAAAAUAUAACACAAAUACUACUUACAUAAAAUUAUGUUAAAUGCACUAGAUGCAUGUGUAAAUAUUUAAAACGAUUAUUUGACAGCUAUGAUUAUUAUCAUUUAAAGAUAUAACCUUACAUUUAUGUUUCUUUAUUUAAAUCUGGAUUCAUAUACUUAAAAUUUUCUAAAUUAUAUUAUUGUUUCAUGAAAAAUAUUGAAAAAAAAAACAAAAGUAUUUUUUUAUUAAUAAGAUCUUAUUUUAAAAAAUUUCUUCCAUAAUUAUUAUAAAUAAUUAUAUAUAUUGAACAAAAUAAGGAAUUUAAAAAAAUAUUAAAUAAUAAUAAAAUAUAAAUAUUAAAAAGAAAUUAUAUAAAAUAUAUUUCAUAAAUAUUUACUUAUAUAUUAAAUAUUUUACAAAAUUGAAAAAAGAAAAUAUUAUUUUAAUUUAAAUUUUAUAUAGAAAUAAUAUAAAAGUAUAUGAAAUGAAUGAAAACAUAUUCAAACAAAUAAAAAAUAGAUUAAAAUUAGAAUAUUAUUUAAUGAAUGAUGAAUGGUUGAGAGAUUGUAUAGAAUUUUAUAUGAAUCAACAUAAAAAUUCAAGCAUGGAAGAAAUAUUACAAUUUGUAAGAGGACAAUGGCAACUUAGUGAUUUACGUGAAAUUAAUAAUGACAAUGGAAGUUUACCUCCUAAACUUUCAGAAAAAAAAUUUAUUAUAUUAUCUGGAAAUUAUAUCCUUCAGGUAGAACAAAUGUAUAAUAUCACAAAAGCAAAAUAUAAACAAUUAAAAGAAAUUAGAAAUGUUAAUUUCUCAGAAGUAGAUCCAGCUGAAGAAGAAAUGAUGAAAAAGAUGACAAAGACUCGUAAAAAAAGAAUGAUGCAAUUAAAAUUAACAGAUGGAGUACAAAAUAUAAUUGGAAUUGAAUAUAAUCCAAUAUCUCAAUUAAAUGAUAUGUUAUUACCAGGAUAUAAACUUAUGAUAAUAGGUCCUAUAAUAUGUCGUAGAGGUGUAUUGUUAUUAGAAGAAGGAAAGCUUAAAGGAAUUGGUGGUGAAGUUGAUAAUUUAUUAAUAUCUAAUGCUUUGGAAAAUAUUUUAGCUAGAGCUUUAAAUUUACCAGAAAAUCCUGAUCCUUAUAAUGAUAAUGAAAUAAAAUCAAAUAAUAUUCAAAAAGAAGAAAUAGAUGAUAAUUUUUUUGAAGAAGAUUUUCAAAUAAAUUUUGCAAAUGUCUCAAAAAAUACAAAUUCACAUAAUAAAAAUGAAGAAAUAGCAAUAGAAUCACAUAGUAAAAACGAAACUAAAAUAUAUGAUAAAAAUCCAAUUAAAACAAAAAUUGAAAAUAUUAAUACAGAAAUUAAAAAUGUUCAAAAUUAUGAAGAUGAAAAAAUCAUAGAUGAUGAUGAUUGUUUUUUAGAAAUGAUUGAUGAAAAACAAUUUAUAGAAACACAAAUAGAACAAAAUAUCAUAACACCUUUUAAAACUUUGCCAAAUGAAGAAAAUAAUGAUCUUAUUAUAAUAAAUGAAGAAGAAGAAAAUAAGGAUGUAAAACAUGACAUUUUUAAAAGUACCAUAAAAAAUGAUUCUUCACAUUUAUAUCCUACAUCCUUAGUUACUAAAAAAAAUGUUUCUCAUUCAAAAAUUCAAGAAAAACAGUGUUUGUUAAUUAAUAAAGAAAUAAGUGCUUCAACAUCUUCUGAAACAAUAACAUUGAAAAAAAAUAAAAUGGAUAGACAUAUUACAGAAUUUGUAAAAGUUGUAACUGUUCCAAAAGAAGAGAAAAUUUGUGAAUUCAUUCAUGAUAUAAAUAAUGAAAUAAUAACAAAUAAUAUCUUUAAAAUUAUUCGAGGUCAUGUUGAAGUUCUUGGAAAAUUAUCAAAAAAAGAUUCAUUAUGGAUUUUGGAAGCUAUAAUAGGAGAUGGAACUGGAACAAUAGAAGUUUCUUUUUCAAAUAAGCUUUUAGAAAAUUUAUUAGGUUUUAGUGUAAAAGAAUUUUCAUUGAAGAAGAAAUUGAAAAAAAAUCCAGAAAUUGAGCAUGAACUUAGAAUGAGUUUUCGUAAUGCAGAACAAAAAAUAAAAACAUUGGAUGCACUUUUGAAAUUAGAGUUAAAUAUAAAUAAAAAGCCAAUAGUAAUCGAAAUUAUGGAUUUAACUGAAGAACAAAAAAAAAUAAUAGACAAAAGAUUAUCCAAUUUUUUAAAAAUUAUAAAUAGAUAAAUUGUAAUAUUCAGUAGAUUAUUUCAUUAAUUUUUAUUAAAUAUUUUGAUAUAAUAAAAAAUAUAAGUAAUUUAUAAUGUAUUUAAUUAUAUUUGAACAAAAUAUAUGAAUUAUAAUUUAAAA